AUGAGCGGCGCUCAAUUCACUGACCGGGCCAACAAGGCCUUACUGGACUCUAACAGUCUGGCCGAGCAAUACGCCCACUCACAAAUUCUUCCCCUUCACCUCGCAGUUGCCCUCCUCACCCCGUCAGCGGACGAAAAUGAAGACCGCCAGCCCGUUGGCCACGCCUCACAUGAUUCAGCGUCUACACCCCUCUUCCGCCAGGUCAUCGAGAGAGCCCAUGUCAAGACCCCCCCACCAGAGACCGUCAGUGUCUCUCCGGCGCUUGCCAAGGUCAUCCGACAAGCUACUGAUCUGUCGAAAACACAAAAAGAUAGCUAUGUAGCUAUCGAUCAUCUGAUCCAGGCUGUGUGCCAGGACUCUCAAGUCCAGCGCGCCCUGGGUGAUUCCAAUAUCCCCAAGGUCAACCUUAUCGACUCCGCCGUUCAGCAGAUUCGCGGAACACGCCGCGUGGACUCCAAGACGGCUGAUGCCGAAAGUGAAAACGAAAACCUGAAGAAGUUCACCAUCGACAUGACUUCUCUGGCACGUGAGGGCAAGAUCGAUCCUGUCAUUGGACGAGAAGAGGAGAUCCGUCGCGUAAUUCGCAUUCUUAGUCGACGCACCAAAAACAACCCCGUCCUCAUCGGUGAGCCUGGUGUUGGAAAGACCACAAUCGUCGAGGGUUUGGCCCGCCGUAUCGUCAAUGCCGACAUCCCCGCCAACCUGGCUCAGUGCCGUCUCCUUUCACUCGACGUCGGUUCUCUUGUUGCUGGCAGCAAGUAUCGCGGUGAGUUUGAGGAGCGCAUGAAGGGUGUUCUGAAGGAGAUUGAGGACUCCAAAGACACCAUCGUCUUGUUCGUCGAUGAAAUUCACCUUCUCAUGGGAGCUGGAUCUAGCGGCGAAGGAGGCAUGGACGCUGCGAACCUCCUUAAGCCUAUGCUUGCUCGAGGUCAGCUGCACUGCAUUGGCGCCACCACCCUCGGCGAGUACCGCAAGUACAUCGAAAAGGACCAGGCCUUCGAGCGACGCUUCCAGCAGGUCCUAGUCAAAGAGCCCACUGUUCCAGAGACCAUCUCCAUUCUCCGUGGUCUGAAGGAGAAGUAUGAGGUCCACCACGGUGUCAACAUCCUCGAUGGUGCCAUUGUCUCUGCGGCCAAUCUUGCAUCUCGUUUCUUGACAGCUCGCCGUCUGCCUGACUCGGCUGUCGAUUUGAUUGACGAAGCUGCUGCCGCUGUUCGAGUCACACGCGAGUCCGAGCCUGAAGCUCUUGACACCCUCGAGCGAAGGUUGCGACAGCUCCAGAUCGAGAUUCACGCCCUGGAGCGUGAGCAAGAUGAUGCUUCCAAGGCUCGUCUUGAGGUCGCCAAACAAGAGGCUGCCAAUGUCGCAGAGGAGCUUCGACCGAUGCGCGAGAAGUACGAGAGCGAGAAGCAGCGCAGCAAGGAAGUUCAAGACGCCAAGAUCAAACUUGACUCCCUCAAGGUGAAGCGCGAUGAGGCUGAGCGCAUGGGCGACACCCAGACUGCUGCUGAUAUCGAAUAUUACGCCAUUCCCGAGACCAAGGCUCUCAUCGAACGUCUUGAGGCUGACCGAGCUAAGGCUGACGCCGAGCGUCGCGCCAAUCAAUCCGAGGGCGGCGAGGCCUUGCUGGCAGACGCCGUCGGCCCAGAACAGAUCAACGAGAUCGUUGCCCGCUGGACCGGUAUCCCUGUCACUCGCCUCAAGACUACUGAGAAAGACAAGUUGCUCCACAUGGAGAAGUACUUGAGUAAGAUUGUUAUUGGCCAGAAGGAAGCCGUCACCUCCGUCUCCAACGCCAUCCGACUGCAACGCUCUGGUCUCAGCAACCCCAACUCGCCCCCCAGCUUCCUCUUCUGCGGUCCCUCCGGUACAGGUAAAACCCUUCUCACAAAGGCCCUGGCCGAAUUCUUGUUCGACGACCCGAAGGCCAUGAUUCGUUUCGACAUGUCCGAGUAUCAGGAACGACACUCUCUGAGCCGUAUGAUCGGUGCUCCUCCUGGUUACGUCGGCCACGACGCCGGUGGUCAGCUGACUGAGAACCUCCGCCGCCGCCCCUUCUCGAUCUUGCUCUUCGACGAAGUCGAGAAGGCUGCCAAGGAAGUCCUGACCGUCCUUCUGCAACUCAUGGACGAUGGUCGCAUCACUGACGGCCAAGGACGUAUUGUCGAUGCCAAGAACUGCAUCGUCGUCAUGACUUCCAACCUGGGUGCCGAGUUCCUCGCCCGCCCCACGACCAAGGACGGACGCAUUGAGCCCCAGACCCGUGAGCUGGUCAUGGGCGCGCUUCGCGAUUAUUUCCUGCCUGAAUUCCUCAACCGUAUCUCCAGCACCGUUAUCUUCAACCGUCUCACCAAGAAAGAGAUCCGGAAGAUCGUCGACCUCCGUCUCGCCGAGGUCCAGAAACGUCUCGAGUCAAACGAGCGCAACGUCGUCAUUGAAUGCUCCGAAGAAGUCAAGGACUAUCUCGGUGCUGCUGGAUACUCACCUGCCUAUGGUGCUCGUCCUUUGGGUCGCAUCAUUGAGCGCGAGGUUCUCAACCGCCUGGCUGUUCUCAUUCUUCGCGGCAGUAUCAAGGAUGGCGAGACUGCUCGUGUGGUCAUGAUGGAUGGUCGCAUUGAGGUCCUCCCCAACCAUGAGAACGGCGAUAGCAGCGAUGAAGAUGGAGAUGAGGACAUGGUUGACUCUGAUGAUGCCCUCGCUGAGUUGGAAGAUGGCAGUGGUGACAUGGAUCUUUACGAAGAGUAA